AGGUCAGCUGACCGCCGCUGUAGCAGAAGGAGAAAGAUGUCGGUACCAAACCGCCGAAGGAUGGAGGCAGCUUUUAACGCCGCGUUUGCUCUUUGCUUUCUUGUCACAGCCGGUGUCCAUGGGGACAGCUUGACGGUGCUGCAGGCUCCAGAGUUUGUGUCUUUCCAGAAAGGUGACUGGCCUGUAUCUGGAGAGAAGAUCCCAGACCUGGUGGCUCUAACCAUGGGCUUUUCUGUUCAAGAGGACUUGUCCUGGCCAGGCCUUCAGGCCGGUCCGUUGUUUCAGAGACCCCGAGCUAAUGUGCUAGUUGUUGUGAGAGGAGUCGAUAACUUGUCCCUGCCUCAGAAUGUGGCCUCCUACCCCCUGGAGAACCCAGUACCCUUCACCCUGGACAGUGUUGCAGAGACUGUGCACUCUUUGUUUGCUGAAUACACCCCUGUGGUGCUGCAGCUGGCCCCCAGUGAGGAGCGACUUUAUAUGCUCGGUAAGGCUAAUGCUGUGUUCGAGGACCUGCCUGUCACCUUGCAACAGAUACGCGCACGUCUGUCUCAGGACGGCUCGGUGCUGACUUCUCUUCCCCUCAACUCUCUCAGCAGAAAUUCAGAGGCUGAUUUACUCUUCUUGUCUGAGGUUCAAGUACUGCAUGAUAUCACAGCUCUGCUUCAGAGACACAGACAUUUGGCUAAGGAUUACUCCCCGGACCUGUACUCUCUGGAGCUGUCUGGCUUGGAGGAGCUGAGUCGACUUUAUGGCAAAGACUCUCCUCAGUACCGCGACGCCACAGCUAUCCUGUCUUCUGUCCUUCAGAAGUUUGGGGAGGAUAUGUUUCGUCUUUAUGGCAACAGCGCUGUAGUGGAGGUUGUUACAGUGAAGACUUUUGAAACACCUUUGACCAGGAAGUCCCGUUCGAUCCUGCAGGCCAAGCAAAUUAGUAACCCAGGCAGUCCUUACAACCUGGCCUACAAGUACAACUUUCAAUACGCCGUGAUCUUUAACAUCGUGCUGUGGCUGAUGAUCGCCCUGGCCCUCGCUGUCAUCGUCAUCUCUUACAACUUGUGGAACAUGGACCCUGGAUAUGACAGCAUCAUCUACAGGAUGACCAAUCAGAAGAUCAGGAUGGACUAAGUCCUAACAUCAGCACCCCUGCCGUCCCCGUUGGAACUCCAUGAAUGUUUGUGUUGUGGGUGUGGUCUUGUGUAGUGAAACAAAAGCGCUGGUUUGAUGGGAGGAAAAGCACGAUGCUGAGUCACCUUUUUGUUUACAGUGCUGACAUUCAACAUCAAGGUUUAAUGGUGAACAAAAUGAUAUCAGCAUGACAUUAGUGAUCUUUAGCAAUAUUAUCCUCUAGAUUCAAACGCUGAACUUCCUCUCUUCAACUCGUCAGCUCACAUCAUUCCUUCCAGCUUUUAACUCCUCACUAACUUUAUUUCCACUGGCGAUUGCAACUGUAUUUUUUGUUGUUGUAAAAAAGCAAAUGUAUUCUA